AUGCCAUCGAAGGAGCGCUUCCUCAAACUCGAUAGGGCCAUCCUACGAACGAUAAUCAAGAUCGGUGUGGUGGCUCAGGAAUAUGAGGCCUCAGUGGCAGAAAUGACAGCCGUGUGUCGCAUAGAGGCGCUGACCAAACAAUUUAUCCUCCUCUUUCUUGCCUUCUCGCGUCGCGAAAAACCCCUCGACGUCGAUGCGCUCAACGAUGUGCUCCAAAGAAUGCAACAUGCCCUGCUUUAUCUCGCUAAACGUGUCCUCAGCGAGAAAUCUAUAAAACGCAUUAACUUCAUUUUUGAAGAACUGUCAUCUCCCGAUCUCUGGAAUUCCGUAUUCAGUCCCGAUAUGACUGACGAACAGCGUCAGCUUUUGUCCAACUUAACCAACUCUUUCGAUCGCGUUCUCGCGAGCGGCCUCCUGUGA